AAAAAGGGAAAAACAGAGAGAGCUAAGUUCCUCUGUUCACUUACCUCCUCUCUGAAGAGAGAUGGCCGCUCUCAGCAUCGCUAGCGCGAGCGCCAUCGGUCGCAGUACGAAAUCGAGAAGAAGCUGUCCGUCGAGGCGGAGAAUUUCAUGCAUUGGAUGGGACCCAGAAGGGCUGUUGGGCCCGCCCCAGUCUGGCCACAUAGCUCGAAGAGAGUUCCAGAAGCGGCUCGAGAAGGACGUCGAUGCCCGUGAAGCCUUCACCCGCCAAGUCCGCGAAGAACGAGAGCGCCGCCGUGCUCUUCGACAGUCUCGUGUUGUGCCCGAGACUGCUGCAGGGCUGAUUGAGUAUUUCCUCGACACCGAAGCUCGGGAGCUCGAAUUCGAGAUUGCCAGGUUGAGGCCCAGAUUAGACAAGGAAUUUUUCACGCACCUGCAAAACGAACUGGGCCAACUGCGAUUUUCCGUGUCAAGAACCAAGGACAUGGAGGAUAGAUUGAUUGAGCUGGAGGCAAUGCAGAAAGUUCUUCUAGAAGGAACAGAAGCAUAUGAUAAAAUGCAGUCUGAACUUGUACUAGCAAAGCAAAGGCUAGCCAAGAUAUUGCAAUCGGAGGACAAGAAAGCAACUUUACUUGAUAUGGUUGAGCGGAAUGAGCUUGAUAGGUCCUUGUUGGCCCUUCUCGAUGAAAAUAUAGCGAGUGCACACCAGAAUGACCAGGAACAAGUGGCGGAGUAUAUGGAGAAGAUCCGUGCAGCUGUUCUAAAGUACAUAACUGUAUGAUUUCAAAUGCGGAUAUGUAAAUUCCCUGUCAGGAGUUUCAGAUGAGUUUGGCUAAACAAUCACCUACAUUUACAGAUAGCUUGUGUUUUUGUAUGGAAUUUGAAAAUGUCACUGCUGUUUCUCCUGGUGUAAAAGUUCUGUACUAGAGAAUCUCUAUUUCCUCCUUUUCUUGUGACUGAAA